ACUCCCGACUAAUAGAUCCGGUUCUGACGUGAGCCAUAUUGCUCAAAUGGUAGCCUCAACAGUUACGUGUAACGUCAACUCAGAUUGCCCAGCCCAGAACCGUAGGACAGUAUGUCACAUAAACGCCACAAGUUCGAGCAGUGAUGGAGUUUCCGGAAGAUUUUAAUCAGCUGGAGCUUCUCAACACACAUGGACAUCUGAUCCCCCGCGGGGCCAGCAGCCUGUGGUCCGAAAGCAAAUUUGAGGAGGAGGAGGAGGAGGAGGAGGAGGAGGAAGUAGAAGACCACAGCGAGGAGUGGUAUCUAGAAAAGGAGGAAUCUCUCGAGGGCAAACCAGUGGAGCUGAUACUAUGGGCAGUGGAAAACAAUCGUCUUUCAACAGUCCAGAGGUUGUUGACUGCUGAUCCUUUGCUGGUGCACUGCUGUGAUGAGGACGGUUACACUCCACUGCACCGUGCGGCAUACAGCGGCCAUGUUGAUGUUAUUUCUGCUUUACUCACCACCGGCUCUAAAGUUAACCCCCGCACCAUCGACGGCUGGACGCCCCUUCACAGCGCCUGCCGCUGGAGCCGCGUCACUGCGGUGAGUUUCCUCCUGCAGCACGGGGCUGAACUGAACGCCCAGACCAACGGUGGUCUCACACCCCUACACCUGGCUGCUUCCUACACCAGCUCCUCAAAAACAGACUCCGCCCACACCUUAGAGCUGCUCCUCUCUCAGCGACACCUGAAGCCGGGGCUCUGCAGCAGCAGCAGGGAGACGGCUAGUGAGGUGGCCCGACGUAGUGGCCCGCAUCACUUCCUGUUUGAGAUGGUAGAAGACUGUGUCAAUGUGGUACCAGUCUCAUGAACAAAAAGACAGGUGCACUCGAAUUCUCCCAUUUACAGUAUGUUUUCAAUCUGGACAGCAAGUACAUUAGGGCUACAGCUAACGAUUAUUGUCAUUAAUGAUUAUUCUGCCAUUUAUUAGUUGAUUUAUCGUUUCAUCUAUAAAAUAUUGUGUUUUGUCAGAACAUGUCCCGAACCCAAAGAUAUUCAAUUUAUUAUCAUGUAUGACAGAGAAAAGCGUAAAAUCUUUACAUCUAAGAAGCUGAAACCAACAAGCGUUCUGCAUUUUAGCUUAAAAAUAAAGCCGUGUUGAUGUUGA